GACACCAGAGGGUAUGAUCCUUUUAUAUGUAAGCAGCGAUAUGUGUUUCAACUCUUAACAGCAAUCCAGAUAGAAUUGCGAUGCGUCUUUCUUAGGAAAUGUAAGAAUGUGGCUCUGGUUACAGAACAAGAAAGCACCACUUUUUCCCGGUACCCAAAAACACAUAAUAGAGAAAAGCUAAAAUCCCAAUACCAUUGAACAUCAAGUUUGUGUUCCCUUAUAACGCCCUUAAGCCCCAAGACUAACCGGUUGUAAUUGUACGGAAACGCUCUUGACCAGCAGUAUCCCAUAUCU